AUUUCCUUGAAAUUUUUAUUCAAAAAACAUACACAGCACAGGGUAUUGGCUAUAAAUUACUACCCAGUUGUAUGCAAAGUGACCCACCUACCACUGGGACACAAACUUAAACACAAGAGAAGCAGAUUUAGGUCAGAGUAAUAUUACAAACUAACCACCUAUUACUAGUUUUAAUUCACUUUUUGCAUAAAUAAAUACAUUUCUUAAAAUAUGGGAACCAUACAUAUUCCCUUGUGAGUAAUUUCAACUUUUGCGAGAUCUCGCAAAAGUCCAUCUUUAUUAUUUUUUUCUGUUGCGGGCCUCCGUAUUUCCGGACUAUACUACCUCUGUCUGAAAAGUUUCUUCUAAACUGUGUCCCCGCCACACUUCCAUCCCAUCACCGGUUUCUCCGUCUUUCUGGCCCUGUCCCACUACGAACCGUCGUCCACUCAUCUCGGAAGUCGGAAUACGCCCUAGUUCAAUAAUUCUGAUUUAAUCAAAAACGCACCAUGAAUUCACGUCGUCGUGCUCCACCCAGUACGCCACAACCGGUGCGUUCCAGAUUAAGUUUAAAAUCGGAUUCCAGUUUUUUCCUGUCGGAAUUUUCAUUUGAAAAAUGGUCCUCCUUGAGAUUUCCACCUCGCAAACGUUGGAGCAGCCUCACAAUCCCAGAGUUAACCAUUCAGAACACUGAUGGCUUUUAGGCAUGAACGCCCACACUAAACGAAGAACAACGUUUAAACUAACUUUCUCUACAGAAUUGUAAAGGGUUACUGUUAUUUAAAAAAGAAUUGCUUCAGUCGCGAUAUAAGGCAGCAUGUUAGCCUGUGAUAUCAUGGUUUCUGUGUUCCUCGUAUUUGCAUGUCUCGCUGCCCCCGUGGUUUCUGCGGUGUCUUGUCACACAAAGGAGUAUGCAACAAGGGAUGGGCAGUGCUGCCCGAUGUGCCAAGAAGGUACAGUUGUUCAGAGAGACUGCACAGCAUAUUCAGGAACUCUGUGCCGUUUCUGUGAACUGGGGACUUACAUGAACCAACUCAAUGGUCUAUCUCACUGUUUCCCCUGCACUACCUGUGAUACAGGUCAUGGUCUCUUUGUCAAGCGGAACUGUACACCAAAAACUGACACAGUGUGUGACGUUUUAAAUGGAUAUCACUGCAAAGAUUUGAUAGAUAGUAAUGGAUGUAGUUUGGCAGAGAAACAUUCACAGUGUGCAGCUGGUCAGAGGAUAAAAGAACCUGGAACCAGCAGAAGUGACACAGUGUGUGAAGACUGUCGGACAGGCUUCUUUUCCAAGGACGGUGUGAACUGCACGGCUUGGAAAAUGGCUGUGCCACAUCAUGUCAUCUGCAAUAAUAUCGUUGCUCAAACAGACAGAUAAAGGUCAAAGGAAGCUCAACCAGUGAUGUUGUCUGUGGGAGAACAUCAAGUCAACAUUACUUUGUGUUUUUACCUUUUUUGCUUUGCUCAGUAGCAUUUAGUAGCCUCGUAACAGGUUAGUGCAUCGUCUGUAUUGUGUUGAUUUUUCAGUUUAAAGCCUUAACAACACAGUGUUGCCUUUUUAUUAUUGCUUAGUGGUUUUUUUUCCUGCUGUAACACUAAUUUUCUUUGUGUACCAAUAAAGCGAAGAAGAAGAAGGAAGGAAAAAAAAUUUCUUUUUAAAAAGAAAAUUGAACUCACUAACUAGGAGCAAUUUAUUGAUAUUAUUAAUAGACUUUUAGCUGGGAAGACCAGAAGACCCAGCAUCGACAACUGAACAGGUGCAUUUGGAUCACAGUCUUGUUCCAAAAGGCGAUUUCUGGUGUUUCUGUAUGUUUUUUGUUUUGUUUUUAAUGUGUAAUGUCUUUGUUUAUAUUGGUAAGUAGUUACAAUUUCCGCUAGCCUCUUGGACCAACAUCUCUUUAAAAAGACAUUUUUAAUGUUAAUGAGGCUUUUCAACUAGAUCCAUGAAGCAUAUAUAAAAGUCACUUUGUCAAAAGCUGAUUGCAGCUUCUACCUUGUGGGAAAAAAAUGUUGUUUUUGGUUAAAAAUAACUCGAUAUCAUUCAUGACAGAAACAUUUGACAUACUUUUUACACAUUUUAGGCCAACAGGUCAUUUAUGACAGUUUAAACGGGCAAUCACUUUUUGGAAAAUACCGGAAAUCACUUUUUUGGCACCACAACUAACCACAGAAAACAGAUGUGUCCAAAGUCAGAGGCUCUAUUCACGAAAAGUGUAAUUUAGUCACAAAGGACUAAGAUGUAGAGUAUCACAUUAAACAGUGCAGAAAUGUAGUGUAUCCUCUGUACUGUGUGUGCUGAUGGGCUUUGGUCUGAAGGAAAAGAGUUCAUGUACAGCAACAUCAGAUAAAGUCUGUAGAGGGACUUUACUGAAUCUGAAGGUGUCAGCUGCAUGAAGACACAGAAACACAGGUUUGUAAACCAGGACACAUCAGCCAGAAUGGUUGAUUCUCUUGCUAUGAGACAUACCAGAGUACCAGAUUGAUACAAACAUGUAAUGUAAUUAUAAAUGUUAAUAAAUCAUAUACAGUUCUGUUCAGUCUUGUAUAAAGUUAUUAAAAUCAAACUAACAGA